AUGAAGAAUCUCAAUCUCUUCAUACUCCCCGUAGUUGUGUUCUUAACCAUCACCACCGUAAUCAACGGUGGAAUAACAAGCGAAUAUGUCCGUCAAGCUCAACCAUCCGUCGAGAUGCCUCUCGAAACCUUCCCUUCUCCUCCUGGUUACAAUGUUCCUGAACAGGUUCAUUUAACGCAAGGAGAUCACGAUGGACGCGCAAUGAUCGUUUCGUGGGUCACUCCAUUGAAUCUAGCCGGUUCUAACGUCGUUACUUAUUGGAUGGUCGUUAAUAGUUCUACCUCCACUAACAGUAGCGACGUGAAGAUGGCAAAGAAGAAAGCUCAUGGUUCUACGUCUUCUUAUAGAUUUUAUGACUAUACUUCUGGUUAUCUUCAUCACGCUAACAUUAAAGGACUUGAGUACAAUACCACAUACAUUUAUGAGGUCGGUAGCGAUCAGUCUGUGAGACAGUUCAACUUCACAACACCUCCGGCUGUUGGACCUGAUGUUCCAUACACCUUCGGAAUUAUUGGUGAUCUUGGACAAACCUAUGCUUCUAACGAGACAUUGUACCAUUACUCAAACCCUAAAGGCCAAGCCGUUCUCUUUGCUGGUGACUUGUCUUACGCAGACGACCACCCAAACCAUGACCAAAGAAAGUGGGAUACUUUUGGAAAAUUCCUUGAGCCUUGUGCUGCUUACCAGCCUUUUAUCUAUGCCGCAGGGAAUCAUGAGAUCGAUUUUGCUCCAGAAAUUGGUGAGCCACAUCCUUUCAAGCCCUACAUGCACCGUUACCCUAACGCAUACAAAGCCUCAGGGAGUAUAUCUCCUCUUUGGUACUCAGUUAGACGCGGUCCUGCUCACAUUAUCGUCCUCUCUUCUUACUCUGCAUACGGCAAAUACACUCCACAGUACCUAUGGCUUCAGCAAGAACUAAAGAACGUGAACAGAGAGGAGACUCCAUGGUUGAUUGUGAUGGUUCACUCUCCUUGGUACAACAGUAAUAACUACCAUUUCAUGGAAGGUGAAAGCAUGAGGAUUAUGUUUGAGUCGUGGUUCGUGAACAGCAAGGUCGAUUUGGUCUUGUCUGGUCACGUCCAUGCCUAUGAAAGAUCCGAACGUGUGUCUAAUAUCAAGUACAACAUCACCAAUGGCUUGAGCACUCCUGUGAAAGACCCUAAUGCUCCUAUUUACAUCACAAUCGGUGAUGGAGGUAACAUUGAAGGAAUUGCAAACAGUUUUACUGAUCCGCAACCAAGUUACUCGGCAUAUAGGGAAGCUAGUUUCGGUCAUGCGGUUUUGGAGAUCCACAACCGAACUCAUGCGCUUUACACAUGGCAUAGAAACCAAGACAAUGAACCUGUUGCAGCUGAUUCUUUCAUUGUGCGUAACCGAUACAACUUAUUGGACGACGAGAGGAUUUAA